GACAAGAUAUCAAGAAUGAGGCUGUCACACAGAAUAGCUCACCGACGCCUUUACGGGUGCGGGCGAGGCCUAGCUCAAAUACUUCAGAGCCGUCAUGGCUCAGCCAACCCCUCCUUCAUAUUUGAAGUACUCAACAUUUCGAUGUAGCCAAUUGCUAUUCAUCUGCAUAUAAAUCGCGCUUCACCGGAAAUCAGAACUCUGAAUUGAUCGAAUCCAUGAAGAGAGAUCCGGCGCAACACCAAUCAUCAACCAUGGCGGUACCCCCAGAGAGUUUCCAUCAAGACCGGAGCAAUAUCAGUCUUGGUGGCCUCAGUGUUGAUGAUUUGAUAUACUUGGACGAGCAGGAAGCUAUCGGUAACUCUUCGAAAGAAUUUACAAAGUCUCCAGAGGACAAAGAUUUGUUGAGUCGAUUCCAAGUCGCUUGUAUCAUAAUAAAUCGGAUGAUGGGGACGGGGAUCUUCGAGUCGCCAACCACUAUUAUACAACAAGAUCGGAAUAUCGGGGCUAGUCUCAUUCUCUGGACUUUGGGCUUUAUAGCUAGCAUGGCUGGCACGUUAAUGUACGUCGAGUAUGGCCUCACAAUUCCACGGCGGAGGAUGGCUGGCGAAAUCCAAGCUGUUCCAAGAAGUGGUGGUGAACUAAACUAUCUCAAAUUCCUCGCGAAACAUCCUAAAUACAUGGCAACUUGUAUGUUUGGCUUCAUAUUCGUAGUCGUCGGAAAUUCUGCCGCCAAUUGCGUUUCGUUUGCAGUUCAUUGUCUCGCAGCAGCAGGAAUAAAUGAUCCACCAAAAGGCGCCGUGCAAGGAAUCGCUCUUGGUACUGCCUGGCUCGUUACUCUGCUGCAUGCACUAGGCAGGAUGUUUGGUGUUCACUUGAACAGUGUUUUCGCGGUGACCAAAGUCUUGAUGCUUAUCAUGAUAAUUAUAAUGGGCUUUAUGGUGCUGAACAAUCAUACUGAACACUUCGAUCGCGACCCGCUAUCGUACACUAACCUCGACACAAGUACUAGUUUCAAAGAACUAGGGAAAGGAGACCAUGCUCGUGGAUUUGCAGCCGCAUACCUUAAUAUUAUAUUCACAUGCGGUGGGUGGAACCAAGCAAACUAUGUCCUUGGUGAAAUCAAAAAGCCAACCACUAGGUUUCGAGGGAUAUCUCUAUGGACUGUUGGAAUAAUGUGUCUGUUAUACUUGCUAACUAACAUAUCAUAUAUGAUAGUAGUAGUAGUACCACAGAAUGGUGAUUUCCCAGAUGGUGAUACAGUGGUCGAACAAUUCUUCAGGCGAACCAUUGGUCAAGCUUGGAAUGAACGGCGAGCAAGUCAACUGAUGGAUGCAUGUCUCGCUGUCUCAAGCUUGGGCAAUGUCAUUGUCACCACUUUUACCGCUGCUCGCGUCAAGCAGGAGAUUGCGAAAGAAGGGAUACUUCCAUUCUCUUUGGUAUUUGCCAAAAACGUCAACAUUAUUGAAUGGGUAACCAAGAAACUGAAGCGAUCGAAACAAGUUGAAGAGCCGGUUGAGCAUCCUCCACAGGAAAGAGUCACAACUAUGCCAGAACGGGCCGGAUUCGAGCCAAUUCCGCUUCCAGCUCUCGUACUUCACUGUGGAUUUUCCACGAUUCUGAUUCUCGCAUCAAUUCGUAUCCCUCAGUCCAGGGAUGCUUACCCAUUGCUUGUUGAAAUCUACACAUACCCAAUCGAUGCAAUGGUCGCAAUAUGUCUCAGUUUUGGCAUGAUAUGGAUGCGAUCAAGAGAGACAGACGAAUGGAACACAUACUCCACAGUAAAUAGAUGGUUCAGUCUCAUAACCGCAAUUAUUGUCUUCGUCGCCAACGCGUUCCCGGUUGCCGCGUUAUGGAUUCCCGAAUCCGCUCCUGGAAGUUCGAUACCUUGGUACAUUGUGCCUACGAUCGGAUGGACACUCGUUCUAGCUGGUUUUAUUUAUUACAUGGUCUUUCGUUUUGCAGUUCCUUUGUUUUUGGGCGGGGCUAUAUUGGAAGUGAAGAGAGAUCCUGUUAUUGGUAUUGAUAACGAAGGGCACUUUGUGCAACAUGGUGAGAUGGUCUAUCAGAAGUGGUCAGUUCCUGAAGAUGAAGAUAUACCUUAUCCCAAUGGACAUGGUGAUGAGGUUGAACUUAAGUAAUUUUAUUUGUAUGAGCAGAGCGUGUAAUACUUGAUAGGGAAGGGCCCUAGAAGGAUUCCCUAGCCUUCUUAAAUGGGGAUCAACAUUCUAGAUGUUUAAUUGUACCAUCAUACCAUUCGAUACCCUUUGACUCGUUUUCCAGUUUAUAGAGAAUGUACCAGACUUUCCAUUCCGAAUCUAAUCAUUGUCCA